AUGCCCGCAUCUGUUCACACAAUCCUGCUCGUCCAGCCCAACCGCCGUCCUGAAUCAAGAACCUAUGGCGAUUUUGAACAUCUCGAAGACGCUCUCGAGGGAGUUUGCAAGUUCUACGAAGAACAGUUGAAGAGACAGAAUCCUCAUCACGAACAGAUCACCUAUGAUAUCUCACAGCUUUUUGACUUUAUCGACUCGCUCACAGAUUUGGUCAUUUUGGUCUACAGAAAGAGCACGGAAAGCUACGAGCCACAGAACAAGGACUGGAUUAAGGAGAAAAUCUACCACAUGCUCAAGAAACAAGCUGGAGGCGCCUAA